AACCAAGGAAAAGAACCAAUCGUAGAGUAGCGGUCUCAACCUCUACGGGAAAAUCCGAGCUGGUUUCAACACAAAGUAGAGGGACGGUAUAAGAGCAGAGCUACGUGACGGCAUUUAAUCAUCGUGCUUCUGGCGUCAUAGACCCGUGAUGAUUCGCAUGCUCGCAAGAAGCGAGCACGCUGUAUGUGUGUACGUGCCGAGAGGCGCGUUUCAGAGUGGUUGGGCACGCAUUUCCCACGUUGUCGAUCUUUCACCUCACAAACACAUCAGUCAUUCAUGUUCUCCCGCCCAUUGGUUUAGCCCGUUGGAACCGCCGAUGUCGGCCAAUCCGUUGUUGGCAGGGAUGGAACUUACCGCUCUGGCUGGUUCAGCGCACGUUCCGCGUGGUUGACCGCCUCUACGGUCCCAGUCAUGGGUUCACACUCGGAAGUGGAGGUGGAUGACGACUUGGUGGUAGUCACUGGCCGCCACACGACAAAAGCCGGUUAGUCGCCGCACGAAGCAUCGAGAUUCAACAACACUCGCACUCCGGCAGCACCGGCAGUUCUUCCACCAGUCACGCGUUGUACGCUAUUGAUCGCAUAGGAGCGCCGAGAGUCGACGAAGGAUGGGCAUAUUUCGCGAGUUUCCCAUAGUCUUCAACCUCUACAAGAAGUACAGUUAGCUCGCGGGACCGUCUCACCGGAGUCUCUCGGAAAGGAGAACCCGUGAAUCUCCCCCAGUGCCUGUGAACCAAUCUCCGAAAUUCUGAGCGUCCAAAUAAAAAACACGAAGGUGAUAUCCCGCAGGAGAAGACCAUCCUCACCUAACCACGAAGACGUCCACGUGAAGAUCAUUCUUCGAACGUAAAGCGAACGCACUCCCUGAGAAUCUUGCCAAGAUGUCGCAGGUAUCAGGAAUCAUGGAGGAGAAGGAUGUGCUGAAGGGAAAACCGACUCUCGUCAGACGUGUCUCCGAUAUGUUCAAGGACGGGAGCUACAGCGGGCCGCCGAUGCUGUUCCGACAUGCGUCGAUGCAAAAGAUCCGUCACUGUUGUCAGAAUCUCAAUCUGCUGCCUUAUCUUCUCUACUCCUUCGACAACUCCAAGUCGCACCCAAUAGCGCGCACGGUGCACGUUUAUCUCAGCCGCUUCCUGCGCGACAUCAUCGUCAGCUUUUUCAUCGCGUAUGAAAAUCUACGCCAAGUGGUAUUGUACGAUUUUUGCAAGCGAAAGUUCAGCAGAGAGCUACCAGAAGAGAUCGCGAAACCCGCGAGCGAAGCCGCCGACCGCUUCACCAGUCCGACCGCCAAGUUCAGCAACUUCGAGAGGCCGAAGAAUCGCAAACAACGCCCCGUCUUCCUAGUUGCCGCCGUGUAUCUCGUGCCGUUGCUGUUGGCCCUCCAGGUGGUGAUGCUGUGCAAUCUGACGUUCUUCAGCAAGUACACCCCGGGCUUCAUCUUCCUCAUCUCCGCGCUGCUCUUCCUCGGUGGCAUCGCGCUCAAGAUACUUUUGCACGGAGUCGUGCUCUACAACAUCGGCAAGUGCGAGAGGAAGAAGCUCAAGUGAUCCUCCGUCUUCCCUUAUUUCGCCGUUUCGGUCAGUCGCUUCGUCGUCUAGAGACAGUAGAAGAGCCGAGAGAGUCCAGGUUUUCCGGAUCGAGCUCUUCUUCUUACCGGAUUCGAGUUCCCGUGUACGACGACCAUUCGCACGGUACCGGAACUUGCUACUCGCGCUGUUGCUGCAUAUGUUAACACACACGUACACACGGACGUCACACACACACACA